AUUUCCGACUUCAGUUUUCCUUUGGUAUCUCCACUAGUGUUAUCGUGUGUCGUUAUCUCACUAUUGUAUUGUCCAUUAUUAAAUCAAAAUCGUCUUAAACCUUCAGAGUAGUUCGUCACAAAUUACAAAAUGUUUUUUUGUCUUGGUGACUGUUAUUUAAAACUUCUUAUAAGUGCAUAAUGAAGAAACAUUCAUAAUUAUUGUGAAAAAAUGAGUCCUGUCAUUAAUUGGACACCUCAUGAAGUGUCAGAAUGGUUGGUUAGAAAAGGUCACAGCAAAUAUUCUCAUCUUCUUGCAGAAGAACAUUGCAUAGAUGGCCGAUCCUUAUUACUCAUUAACGAGGCUGAUUUAAAAUCACCUCCAAUCAGUAUUAAUGUCUUGGGUGACAUAAAACGCUUAAUGUUAGAUAUUCGCCAGUUGAAAGUCGAAAAUCGCCAAACAUUACUACAGCUUGGAUUUGAUCCGAUAUCUUUACUUUCAAAACCUGUUGGUAGCACAAAUGGAUGUGGCACUCAGUUCCGUCCAGAUGCAUUUAAUUUUUAUGAUGACAUUCACAUGAACCAUGGAUCAGAUGUGACAGCCACUUCCUCUCAUAGUUCAGAAUUUGAAGAUGAUAGAAGAUUAAAACCAGAGAUAUGGAAAACUUUGAUUGCAAUGGCUUAUCUUUUUACUGUUACCUGGAUUACAGCUUUUGUUAUGGUAAUCGUUCAUGAUCGUGUACCCGAUAUGAAGAAAUAUCCUCCAUUACCUGAUAUAUUUCUCGAUAAUGUACCCUAUAUAUCAUGGGCAUUUCAUAUGUGCGAGUUGACGGGUACUGUACUGUGUUUUGUUUGGCUUACAGUCUUACUCUUCCAUAAACAUCGUUUUAUUUUAUUGAGACGUUUUUUCGCUCUGUGUGGAACAGUCUUCUUAUUGAGAUGUAUCACAAUGAUUAUUACUUCUUUGUCCGUACCAGGCACACACUUAGAAUGUACUCCUCGUACCAAACCUGCAUAUUUAGAUGAUGGAAACUUUGUGGGUGAAAUGAUUUAUAAAAUGCAACAGGCUUAUGUAAUUUGGAGAGGAGCUGGUAUGUCAAUACAAGGAGUUCGUACUUGCGGAGACUACAUGUUUAGUGGGCACACUGUGGCAUUGACUAUGCUAAAUUUUUUUAUUACAGAAUAUACUCCAAGAGAUAUAUAUUUGCUGCAUACAUUCAGCUGGUUAUUAAACAUGUUUGGUAUAUUUUUUAUACUGUCUGGUCAUGAACACUACUCAAUUGAUGUAUUCAUAGCGUUUUAUAUUACAUCACGGCUCUUCCUUUACUACCAUACUUUGGCCAACAAUCAAGCGUUAAAUAAUAAUGUUGAUUUGUGUCGAACACGAAUUUGGUUUCCACUUUUCAGUUUCUUUGAGUCUUCAUGUAAUUGUAUGGUGCCAAAUGAAUACGAAUCAUUGGUAGAGAUAGCAGAAAAUUUAGCAUGUUUAGUUUAUAACAAUUAUCUGAUAAUGAAAUCUACAAUUAAGACACAGAUUUUGUUAUUACGAGCUUUACCAUCCAAUCAAGUAGGACAAAUGAAUUCAUCUUCAAUAAAUAUUUCUAAUAAAAUUGGUAAGUCUCGAUUGGCUCUUAUAACAGACACUAAAAAAGAUAAUUGAGUCAAAAUAGUACAAAUUUUUGUUUAAAAAAAAUAUCGUCAUAACAAAUGUAUAAUAAAUAUUUUCAUUAAUGUAAUUUCAUAUGCAUGUUUAAUUAAUACUUAUAAGUUGAUAAUGUGAUAAUUAAAAAUAAAAACUUUAAAUAAGUCAAGGUGACACUUGUGAUUUUAAAAUUAACAGUUGAAAGACUAUGAACCAAAAAGUUAUUUAUAAUCAUUCUUACUUUUCAAAAAACUAUUUGUUAGAACAUGAAAUGUCCUUCCACUGUAGUUAUUAUUAUUUGUUAUAGUUCAAAGAAUGAGUCCUACUACUUAUUUAAUGUUUAGUCAAUAAUUAUUUUCAUUUGAUUCAAAUUUGUUUUAAUUAGUAAAUAAAAAUUAUAUUUUAUUAAAAAUGGCUGGUCUUCCUAUCAGUAACAUGUUUCCUAGUCUUUGUAUAAAAAUAUUUUUAUAUUGUUUUUUUUAUAUCAGUCCACAAAAUUAUUUGUUGUGCUCCAAAAGGCCAAUUGCAAUUGGUACUAAUGUGAAAUUGUUUAAUUUUCUAAAUAUUAAAUACUGUUCAAACUUUUAUACAAUUAAAUUUUAAACAUAUACAUAAAUUAUAAAAUAUGUGAUGUUUAUCUUAUUUAUUUUGAACAUAUAAAAUUGUCAUUUCAAUUAAUUACCUAAAU